AUGGAUACACGAAUGAGUUAGAAUAAUAGAAUGAAUCCAGUAAACUCAACUGAAGCAGCGAUCUCAACAGUAUUUCAGUUAAGAGGAGGUACAAGUGGCGUACAUGCUAGAAAUUUUAGCGAUUUCGAGCCAUAGAAAAAUAAAAAUCGAUCCAGGGGAGGGUCAAAGAAAUCAAAACACAAAUCUUAAUAAUGGACUUUAGUUCUUUACAUAAUCAAAAGAGAAGUUAUUGACAAGUUAAACUACUCUGAAAAUCUAGUUGUGAAACAAUUCAGUGCUGAUCAUUAUAACGGAGUAAUUAGCUAGGUACCAAACACUGCUUUACUUAACUCUUAGUUUAUGAUAUCGCCUUAGUAAAUGACAGAAUAGGGUAGAAAUCAGUAUGAUAAUAUAAAAACUCCACCUAUAGCAGUAACAUAGCAAUUCUCAAAAUCUAAGUUGUCAUUGAAUAACUCAUUAUAAAGUACAGCAACUCAUCAAAAUGCCAAAGCAUUUUUUGAAAUCAAUGAUCCAAGGUUUAAUCUUUAUCAGUAAACCAAUCAAACUUUCAUUCUUUCACCGAACCAGAUAAAAUUUCAUUAAAAAGAUGUAAACACUUCCCAAAUAAUUCAUGAGUUAUCAGGAGGAGCUAACCAGUAUUCUAAGUAAUAGUUAAUUAACAACAUCAACAGCAAUCAGUUGAUAUCUUCUUCAGAUAACAACAAUAAACAAUCCCCUUCAAGCAGGAAUAUGGUUUCAUAAUUUGAAUUUUAAUAGCCAUAGCAAAGAUCACUUUCUACCAAGUAAUCUAGUAAUUAGUCUAGAAACUACAUAAAUGGUAGUGAAUAAUUAUAGGGGAUUAAGAGAAAUACAGAAAUAGUUGAAUCCUCUAUUAAUAAGAAUAUCAAGCUCGAGCCUAUCACUGGAGGAAUUACAGGCAAGUACAAUAGCCCUUCAAGAAAGAAUGUUCUUGAUAGGGAAAAUACUCUUGAGGAUUCUAAUAUUUAACAAUCAGACUUAUUUUAACAAUAAAAUGCUCAUAUUUUCAAGACUGCUGAUAAAAGGGUUGAUGAUAGCUUUUUGAAUGAAGGUGGGAAUAACUCUUCGUUUAGAGUUGAGAACAGAAGAGCAAGGCCUAAGAUUAUCAAAAAUAUUAACAAUAUUUGCAACAUUUUUAUCUUCUAAAACUCAUCAAUUAAUAAUAGUGGGAAUGUAUCUUAAGAAAGAAAGAAAAGAAGAAGUAAUGUUAAGCAAAACAACAGUUUAAAUCAAUCAGGAACUUAAUCCAAUACUUUACCUUCAAGGUUAUCAGAUGUACAUAAAGAUACAAUGAUAAGUUAAAUAAAUGUAAAAAGUAAACUAAACCCACAAGAAAAUCACAAUAGUUAUCAACCACCUUAUGCAGAAAUUUCGACUGCUGGAGAUAGCACGAAAGACUAAUACUACUUUACUUUUUUCAAGGAUAAUCCAAAUCAUUAGCCUCUUUAAGUGAGCUAAUUUACACAUGAUUAGAUAACAGACAGAACUAACAUUGAAAAUGAAGUAAUAGCCACUGAUACCACUGCCAAAAACAUUUAGCUUUUCCCUCCUAGUAGACAAUAAGAACUCCGAUAAGAUGCCAUUCUUAGUGCCAAAGGUUUACCUCUCUAAAGUUUUGAUGCUAAAAUGAUUAUAAAUUCAGUUUCAAAUAGUAAUGUUUGGGAAAUCAGCCAAAUGGGCAAAGAAAAAUUAUCACAAAGAAACCCUAAUCUCCCAAGAAACACUUUCCUUAAUGCUUCUUGGAUGUAAAUUAGAUUGAGCCAGGUGCGAUAAACAUACCUGUGGAUUAACUUGUGA